UCUCUUUGUUUUUUUAAUUCUUCGUCCUUAUCUUAAAAGCUCCUGCGAUCCUCUGUUCAUCAUACUAGUAUGGAUUCUUAUUUUUGGCUUACCAAUCUUCUUGCUGCUGCAAUAUGCUUCUACGCCCUAUUGGGUACAAUAUUUUUCAGCAUGAAAUCAAGAUCCCAUCAAGAAGACAAAACACUGGCUUCUUCUACUCUAACUGUUUUGCCUCCUCCCUCGUCUUUACCUCCCAAUUGGAAACACCAAGUCUUCCCAAGCUUCCACGGGGUAGAUGUCCUCGAAAACUUUCUCAGCCACAUUGUCAAGGAGUUCAGGAGCAAAGGAAUCAACCUAUUCAUUGAAAACGAUAUAGAGAGGAGUAAGUCUAUCGGUCCUGAGCUCACUGAAGCUAUUAGAGGAUCGAGGAUUGCGAUUGUCUUGCUCUCCAAGAACUACGCGUCGUCGACAUGGUGCUUGAACGAGCUGAUGGAGAUCAUCAAGUGCAGAGAAGAGUUUGGUCAAACAGUGAUGUCCAUUUUCUACCAAGUGGAUCCAACAGAUGUAAAGAAGCAGACUGGUGAUUUUGGGAAGGUCUUCGGGAAAACUUGUAAAGGAAAAACAAAGGAGGAGAUCCGAAGAUGGCAACAUGCUUUGACGGAAGUGGCCCAAAUCGCAGGUUACCAUUCAUCAAACUGGAAGAAUGAAGCAGAGAUGAUUGAACAUAUUGCCACUGAUGUUUCCAACAAGUUGAACCUUUCCGCACCAUGCAGUGAUCUUGAAGGCUUAGUAGGGAUGCAAUCCCAUAUGGUAAAUAUGGGACCAUUUUUACAGCUAGAUUCAGAAGAGGUGAGAAAAAUAGGGAUCUUGGGUCAGCCUGGGAUCGGUAAGACCACCAUUGCUAGAUAUAUAUUCAACACAUACUCUCGAGAAUUCCAACUGAGUGUAUUUAUGGAUAAUAUCAAAAGAAAGUAUGCAACAACAGCUUGUUCUGAUGACUAUAGUGUGAAGUUGGAUUUACAAAAACAUUUUAUGUCUCAACUAACCAAUGUGACAGAUAUCAAUAAUUUUUCACAUUUGGGAAUUGCCAAACACAGACUGAAAGACAAGAAAGUUCUUGUCGUUCUUGAUGAUGUGGAUCGGUUAGUCCAAGUGGAAGCCUUUGCGAAAGAAACUAAUUGGUUUGGUCCAGGGACUCGGAUUAUAAUCACAACACAAGAUCAAAGGGUUUUAAAAGCAAGUGGGACCAACCAUAUUCACAAGGUGAAUUUUCCAUCAGAUGAUGAAGCUCUUCAAAUGUUCUGCAUGUAUGCUUUUGAUCAGAAAUACCCAAAGGAUGGUUUCAAGGAGCUUGCUUGUGAAGUUGUGAGUCUUGUAGGUAGACUUCCGUUGGGGCUAAAGGUUAUGGGAUCCUAUUUUCGGGGAUCGUUUGAGCAAGAGUGGACAGAGGCACUACCAAAGUUAAGGACUCACCUUGACCGAGAUGGAGAAAUUGCGAGCAUUUUAAAGUUUAGUUAUGAUUCCUUAUGUGAUGAAGAUAAACGUUUAUUUCUUCAUAUUGCCUGCUUUUUCAAUUGUGAAAAAGUUGGUAUAGUGGAAGACUGUCUUGCAAAAUGUUUUUCGGAUGUCAGACAUGGGCGUGGUGUCUUAGCUGAAAAAUCUCUUAUAUCUAUAAAUAUGGAUUGGGGAACAAUAGAGAUGACCAAGUUGCUAGUCCAACUGGGAAGAAAAAUUGUGCGAGAACAAUCGGUUAAUGAGCCUGGAAAACGACAAUUUUUGAAUGAUGCAAUUGAGAUUUGUGAAGUAUUGAGUGAUGAUAGAGCCGACAGUAGCAGCGUCAUAGGAAUAAAUGUUGAGACUUAUGAAGACGUAGAAUGUACAAGUGAAAGAGCCUUUGAAAGAUUGUAUAAUCUUCAAUUCUUAAGAAUCCUUGGCAAAGGCGUUAAUCCUCAAAGUAUUAACCACAUAUCCCAAAAACUUAAAGUACUUAUUUGGCUGAAUUCCGAGAUGACAUGUUUUCCUUCAAAUUUUAAUCCAAAGUUCCUAGUCAAACUAGAGAUGAUGAAUAGCAAGCUUAAGAAAUUGUGGGAAGAAACUAAACCUCUCAAUAAUCUCAAGUGGAUGAAUUUAAGUCGUUCAAGAAGAUUGGAAGAGCUUCCAGAUCUCUCAACUGCCACUAAUCUAUAUGACCUGGAUCUCUCAUAUUGCUCAAGUCUCGUGAAACUCCCUUCUUCUAUUGGGAAUGCAAUUAAUCUCCAAAGUCUGCAUCUUAGUUUUUGCUCAAAUUUGGUGGAGAUCCCUCCGUCUAUUGGAAAUGCAGUUAAUAUAAAAAAAAUUUCUCUCAUUCACUGCUCAAGUCUUGUGGAGAUUCCUACAUCUAUUACUACAAUCACUAGUCUCACAUCUCUUGAUAUCAGUGGAUGCUCAAGUUUGAUGAAGCUUCCUGACAACAUUGAAACAUUCACUGAACCCAAUCACAUUAAUCUCAGUGGUUGUUCAAGCUUAGUGGAGAUUCCUUCCUCUAUUGUGAAUGCAAAAAAUCUCCAGAAAUUGGAUCUUAGUAAUUGUUUAAGCUUGGUGGAACUCCCUUCCUCUAUUGGGAAUGCAAUUAAUCUUCAGAAAUUGAAUCUCAGUCAUUGCUCAAGUUUGGUGGAGCUCCCUUUCUCUAUUGGGAAUGCAACUAAUCUUCAAGAACUGAAUCUCAGUCAUUGUUCAAGUCUGGUGGAACUCCCUUCCUCUAUUGGGAAUGCAACUAAUCUUGAAGAACUGAAUCUCAGUCAUUGUUCAAGUGUGGUGGAGCUACCUUUCUCUAUUGGGAGUGCCAUUAAUCUUCAAAAAUUGGAUCUCAGCCGUUGCUCAAGCUUGGUAAAGCUCCCUUCCUCUAUUGGGAAUGCAAUUAAUUUUCAUAAAUUGAAUCUCAGUGAUGAUUGGUCAAGUAUGGUGGAGCUUCCUUUUUUUAUGAGAAACCUUGAUAGAUUGUUGAAAUGCUCAAAGUCAGAGGUUCUUCCGGCUGACAAUAACUUUCAAUCUAUCAAUCUCUCGGACGAGUCUUCGUUUAAAAUUUGUCCUGAUCAGAGUUCCACAAUCAUACGAGAGCUUGAUCCAUGGAUCUGGAGAAUAUCUCAUCUACGUACACUUGUACUAAACGGAAUGAAGAAGCUGGUAUCACUCCCUCCGCUUCCAGAUUCGCUAUUGUUCUUAGAUGCAGAAGAUUGUGAGUCCCUGGAGAGACUAGAUUGCUCCUUUGACAAUCCAGAUAUUUGUCUCAACUUUGUUAACUGCUUCAAACUAAAUCAAGAAGCAAGAGAUCUCAUCAGCCUGACGCCGACCAAUGGAUAUGCAGUCUUUCCCGGUACAGAAGUGCCUCAGUGCUUCACUUACCGAUCAUCUGGGAGUUCCUUAACUGUGAAGUUGAUUCAAAAGUCUCUUGGCAUAUCAACCAAAUUUAAGGCUUGCAUCUUAAGUGCGGAUUUGGAGGGAAAUAACUUUCCACAUUGGUCACAAGCAUCGGUUUGUUGUGGCAUCAUUAAGAUUUCUAGACAUCUUGAAUAAUAAAUGAGAUUAGAAAGAGAUUUGAGAGGAUUAU